ACAAGGGGGAUAGGUAGUUUAUUUAUUUAUGUGUGCGUGUGCAAAGUUCCGUAUUGUAAGAAUUUGCUACAGCCUGUGUUAUUAUAAGCUUUGUAAUGAAACAGGUAGAAAUUGAAAAAGUGUAAUUAUUCCCAAUUCAGUUUAGGUUCUGUCUCCGGAAGAUUUUCCCGGAUUCCCCAGCCCCCACUCCCCACCCCAUCUUACCACCCCCUCUGCCAUCUCUGAGUCUCAAUUUUCUUUUCUGUAAGGAUUUUCAUCAUUUAACCUUAUUUCUUCUGAAUGCACUAAAUGGUAGUUAUCCUAGCACUUAAGAGGAUGUCGGAAACAUGGUUCAUUGUCUGACCCUUCCAACCCUGACUUGUAUGAGUACAUUUUGGGGGGAAUGUAGGAGUCAGGGGAAGAGGAGUUCCAAAAAGAGACUACUAGAGGGUGCAGCUGUCCCGGAAGAGACUUCUGAAGAGAGCAAAGUGCGUCCGACGUUUUUCUCGAGAGGCGCCGAAGUUUUCCGGAAAGAGACGACCAACUGAGAGGUGGGCCCCCAAAGCCGGCUGCGAGAGUCACCGAAGAUUUCCGGAGAGCCAAGGAGUCGGGAAGAGCCACUUACUGAGCGUUGCCGAACGUGUACGGAGAUAGCCGAAGAGGCGGAAGGCGGGGCCACAGAGCCCUUCCUGCAGGGAACCUAAGGCUUCAGAGAGCCGAAAAGUUGGCAGGCGUAACCACUUACAGGCCGGAAGUGUGCGGGGUGGACGCAUUCGGGUAGCCGAAGAAGUCCCAGGAUUGCCGAAGAAGUCCCAGGAUUUCCGAAGCGAGCCGAAGCAUCGCGACAGUUUUCAGAGACAGCUGAUCGGUUGGAGCUGUUGCGCCGAGCACAGUCAUGGCGGCGGCCAGAGCUACUACGCCGGCCGAUGGCGAGGAUCCCGCCCCGGAGGCUGAGGCUCUGGCCGCAGCCCGGGAGCGGAGCAGCCGCUUCUUGAGCGGCCUGGAGCUGGUGAAGCAGGGUGCCGAGGCGCGCGUGUUCCGUGGCCGCUUCCAGGGCCGCGCGGCGGUGAUCAAGCACCGCUUCCCCAAGGGCUACCGGCACCCGGCGCUGGAGGCGCGGCUUGGCCGACGGCGGACGGUGCAGGAGGCCCGGGCGCUCCUCCGCUGCCGCCGCGCUGGAAUAUCUGCCCCAGUUGUCUUUUUUGUGGACUAUGCUUCCAACUGCUUAUAUAUGGAAGAAAUUGAAGGCUCAGUGACUGUUCGAGAUUAUAUUCAGUCCACUAUGGAGACUGAAAAAACUCCCCAGGGUCUCUCCAACUUAGCCAAGACAAUUGGGCAGGUUUUGGCUCGAAUGCACGAUGAAGACCUCAUUCAUGGCGAUCUCACCACCUCCAACAUGCUCCUGAAACCCCCCCUGGAACAGCUGAACAUUGUGCUCAUAGACUUUGGGCUGAGUUUCAUUUCAGCACUUCCAGAGGAUAAGGGAGUAGACCUCUAUGUCCUGGAGAAGGCCUUCCUCAGUACCCAUCCCAACACUGAAACUGUGUUUGAAGCCUUUCUGAAGAGCUACUCCACCUCCUCCAAAAAGGCCAGGCCAGUGCUAAAAAAAUUAGAUGAAGUGCGCCUGAGAGGAAGAAAGAGGUCCAUGGUUGGGUAGAAGAAUGUGUGUGACAACCACACACAGUGAAGCUCUUUUUUCAAAGUAAAUUUGAAGAAAUGCUACAAGUAUGAGAUGAGAUCUAAGUAAAGGUGUUAAGAUAUUUUUAAGUGGUAUGUGAUCGUGUCAUUAUCAUCUGCACUUCACUCAAGAGCUUACUAUGUGUCUAAGUCAUGUUCUAGGCAGAAUUGGGUAUUUAAAGUAAAUUGAGGACAGGCUUCUCCCAGAUUGUGACAUGUAUAUCUCAGAUACAUGGGUGUGGCAUUGAACCACAUAAUGAGAACAUUAUUCUCUUUUUAGUCCUUGUGAGACAAGGAUGAAGUCUCAGUUGCUGAUACUCGCUGAGCUUACUGGCCCUCUAACCCAGUGUUGUUUUUUUGUUGUGUACAUGUUAUAUUUAUUUUGAAACCAGUUUAAUGGGAUACAACCAGCAUUUUAAAAAAUGAAAUAGAAUACAGCAUAGAAAAUAUCAGUGUAUUGUUUUAUGAAACUUUCACAUGUAUAUAUAGACCAAGGAUAUGUGCUGAGUUUUGAUGUCAAAUAUAUUUCUCUUUCAGGGUCAUGAUCAAAAAAUGAAAAGUCUGCUUAACUCCAAUUUCUUUUUUAAAAAAGCAGACUUACAGCUUUCAGGCAACUGAAAUUCAUGUUAACAUUGUUUUUAUUUUUAUUGCUUUGUAUUUUUGUGGUUACCUUCUAAGACAAGUGAUUGAUAUAAAGUUCCUUUUAAGUUUAUACCGGUAAACAAA